AUGCAGCGCCGGCAGGCUCGCAAGGAGGACACAGCCCCAGCAGCUCGGCACCUCCACGGCAGCUGUCGCCGCUCUGUCACCUGCGUGUGCCCGGGAGGAGGCUCUGCCCUCCGCCGAGGGGGGCAAAAUCAGCUUAGGAAGGCAAAGUUUGACGCGCGAAUUCCUGUUGUUGCAGCGUGCCUCAUGUGACAGGAUAUUUCCUUAUCAUUCCCAGCGCAGAGCUUUCCCCGACCCCAGCCCUGCGCCAGUGCCGGAGCUGCCCGGCGGGACGCGCUCGGCGCCGGGCCAUGGCUGCCGCCCUGCUGCUGCUGCUGGCGCUCCUGCCGCGGGUGCUGCCGCUGCUGGAUCCUAGCAUCUUCUUAAUCUACAAUGAAGACCACAAGCGCUGUGUGCUGGCUCAGAGCUCUAACUCAGUGACAACUGCUCCUUGUGUCCAAGAGAGUGAGUCACAGAAAUUCAGGUGGGUCUCAGAUCACCAGCUGAUGAGUGUAGCGUUCAAACUGUGCUUGGGAGUGCCUUCGAAGAAAGACUGGGUCCCCAUCACCCUCUACCCCUGCAACAAGGGCAGUGAACUCCAGCGCUGGGAAUGCAGAAAUGAGACUCUCUUUGCAAUCCAAGGGGAAGAUCUGUUUUUCAACUAUGGAAACAGACAGGAGAGGAAUAUUAUGCUGUACAAGGGAUCUGGUUUGUGGAGUAGGUGGAAGGUCUACGGCACCACAGACGAUCUGUGCUCUCGAGGCUAUGAAGAUACCUACACAGUGAGAGGAAAUGCCAAUGGAGCACCUUGUGUCUUCCCCUUCAAGUUUGGUGAUAAGUGGUAUGCUGACUGCACAGAUGCUGGCAGAUCUGAUGGCUGGUUCUGGUGUGGAACCACUUCAGACUUUGAUGUAGACAAGAUGUAUGGAUUUUGCCCACUGAAAUUUAACAGUAUGGAUUCCCUGUGGAAUACAGAUCCACUAACAAAUGUCCAGUACCAGAUAAACUCUGAUGCAGCCCUGCAGUGGCACCAGGCAAGGAAAAGCUGUCAACAACAGAAGGCAGAGUUACUAAGCAUCACAGAGCUGCAUGAACAAACAUACCUGGCAGGUGUGACUGCCAGGCUGAGCUCUGCUCUCUGGUUUGGACUCAACAGUUUGAACUUCAACGGCGGCUGGCAGUGGGUCGGGGGAGCUCCUUUCCGCUACCUGAACUGGCUGCCAGGACAUCCUUCUCCAGAACCUGGCAAAGUCUGUGGAGCAUUCAAUCCUGGCAAAGGUGCCAAGUGGGAGACUCGGGAGUGCAGUCAGAGGCUUGGCUAUGUCUGCAAACGAGGGAAUGCCACUCUGGAAUCCUUCAGCAUUCCCACAGAGACGAAUGUCCCUGUGCGAUGUCCUGACCAUUGGGUCUCUUAUGCUGGCCACUGCUACAGGAUUCACAGGGACCCCAAGAUAUGGAAAGAUGCAUUAACAUCUUGCAGGAAAGAGGAUGGGGACCUGGCCAGCAUCCAUAAUGUGGAAGAGUACAGCUUUGUUAUUUCUCAGCUUGGCUACCAGGCAGCUGAUGAGCUGUGGAUUGGGUUGAAUGACCUCAAGGUUGAGCUGUAUUUUGAAUGGAGUGACAGGACCCCUGUCACCUACGCUAGGUGGCUGCGUGGAGAGCCCACUCAUGCCAGCAACAGGCAAGAGGACUGCGUGGUUAUGAAGGGCAAGGAUGGAUUUUGGGCAGACCAUUCUUGUGAAAAGAAAACUGGCUACAUCUGUAAAAGAAAAGCCUUGGCAGAAGUUGGUGUGGAAGAGGAACCUGUUGACACAGGCUGCCAGAGAGGCUGGCAGAGGCAUGGCUUGUACUGUUACCUCCUUGGCACCACCUUCGCAUCGUUUUCCGAAGCCAAUCAGACCUGUGGCAGGCAGGAAGCCUUUCUGGCGACUAUCGAGGACAGAUAUGAACAAGCCUAUCUCACCAGCCUGGUUGGGCUGAGAACAGAAAGAUACUUUUGGAUUGGCCUGUCAGAUGUGGAAGAGAAGGGGACCUUCAAGUGGGCCAAUGGCCAACCUGUCUUGUUUACACACUGGAAUUCUGAAAUGCCUGGCAGGAGGCCAGGCUGUGUUGCCAUGAGGACUGGAACUGCAGGUGGAUUAUGGGAUGUAAUCAAAUGUGAAGAAAAAGCAAAGUUCCUCUGCAAGGUGUGGGCAGAGGGAGUGACUCCUCCACCUGUUCCUACCACGACUCCUGUUCCCCGGUGUCCAGAGGGCUGGGACUCAAACAGUCGCAUCAGCUUCUGCUUCAAACCUUUUUCAAGAGGAGAGCACAAGAAGACGUGGCUUGAGUCUCAGGAGUUCUGUCGAGCCAUCGGGGGAGACCUGGCCUCCAUCACCAGCAAAGAGGACCAGUACGUGAUCUGGCGCUCCAUCGCGAGCAAUGGCCUCUACCGCCAGCAUUUCUGGAUGGGCUUGUACUACCUGAACCCUGAUGAUGGCUUUGUUUGGAGUGAUGGAUCUCCAGUGAGAUAUGAAAACUGGGGCUUUGGAGAGCCCAACAAUUACCAAGGCAUUGAGCUGUGUGCAGAGCUCAGUGGGGACUCCAGCAUGCUUUGGAACGACAGGCACUGUGAUUAUCUCUAUGGAUGGAUUUGCCAGAUCAGAAAAGGGGCAAGUGUAAAGCCUGAGCCAACAGAAUCUCCUGUCCCCCAGUACCAGAGCACUGAGGACGGCUGGGUGCUGGAUGGAGAGCAGCAGUACUAUUUCAGCACGGAGAGUGUCCCUAUGGAGAAGGGUCGGGAGUUCUGCAGGAGGCACUCUGGGGACCUGGCUGCCAUCCAGGGCGAGAGCGAAAGGAGGUUCCUCUGGCGCUACCUGCUGAAGAACGGCAAGGAGGAGGCUUACUUCAUUGGCUUACAGCUGAGUGUCGACCAGCGAGCCAGCUGGAUGGAUGGCAGCCCAGUGAAUUAUCUGGCCUGGGCACCCCACGAGCCCAACUUUGCAAACAACGACGAAAACUGUGUGGUUAUGUACAAGAACUUAGGCUUUUGGAAUGACAUCAACUGUGGUUAUCCCAACCCUUACAUCUGUGAAAGGCACAACAGCUCUGUUAAUUCCACUGCUGCUCCAACUACACCUUCAAGCCCUAGAGGAUGCCAUCCAUCUUGGCUUUCCUUUCACAAUAAGUGUUACAAAGUCUUUGGGUCUGCAGAAGAGAAGCGUGUCACCUGGCACGCUGCACGGACAGCCUGCAUGAACCUGGGAGGAAACCUGGCCAGCAUCCCCAACGAGCAAGUGCAAGCUUUCCUCACCUUCCACAUGAAAGGUUUUGCUACUGAUGCAUGGAUUGGACUGAAUGACAUAAAUCAUGAGCUGCAGUUCCUCUGGACAGAUGGCACAGGAGUGUACUUCACAAACUGGGCCAAAGGCUUCCCAUCAGGACACAGGGAUACGUAUGAUGGACAGGCUGAUUGUGUUGUCAUGAGGAACAGCCCUGUCAAGGAAGCAGGGAAGUGGGCUGAUGAAACGUGUGGGAACAGCAGAGGAUACAUAUGCCAGAUCAAUGCAGAUGCUGAGUUUCAGCCAAGCUCAUCCCCACCCAGCGUUAUCCGUUAUGGUAACAGCAGUUAUUUGUUUGUCCAUACCAAAAUGGAGUGGGAGGAUGCCAGACAGAACUGCAGGCAGCACCAGUUCGACCUUUCCAGCAUCCUAGACCCCUACAGCCACUCGUUCCUGUGGCUAAAGGUGUUAAAGUACGGAGUGCCCCUGUGGAUUGGGCUGAACAGUAACGUGACCAACGGCCGCUAUGAAUGGGUAGACAACUGGAGAAUGAAGUACACCAAAUGGGCUGAAGGGGAGCCAAAGCAGAAGAUAGGCUGUGUCUAUCUGGAUGUUUCUGGAGCCUGGAAAACAGGAUCCUGCAAUGAAAGUUACUUCUCUGCUUGCAAAAAAGCUGAUGUCCAAGCUCCCACCGAGCCCCCUCAGCUCCCAGGAAAGUGCCCUGAAUCAGAGGGACACAAGUCUUGGAUCCCUUUCCGAGGUCACUGCUACUACAUUGAGUCUUCAUCUACAAGAAACUGGGCCCAGGCAUCUUUGGAAUGUCUCAGACUAGGUGCCUCUCUGGUGUCAGUUGAAGACUCAGCUGAAGCCAACUUCCUGGCAUAUGCUAUUGAGCCUCUUGAAGGGAAAACAUCAACGUUUUGGACAGGAAUGUACAGAAAUGUGGAUGGGGAGUGGCUGUGGCUGGACAACACCGCAGUGAACUUUGUCAACUGGAACGUGGGAGAGCCUUCCCCUCAGCAGAACGAGCACUGCGUGGAGAUGUAUGCAAGCUCUGGCUACUGGAACAACAACUACUGCUCCUCCUACAAAGGCUAUGUCUGUAAGAAGCCCAAGGUGACAGAGCCAUCACCAGCAGCGGAGAUGCCACCAGCUGAAAUGCCUACGAAGGCCAUGGCAAAGGACAAGAAGGCUUCUGCUCUGGACCACACUAAAACAGGAGUUGUAGUCAUAGUUGUCAUCUUCAUCCUGGCUGGCAGCAGCCUGUCAGGCUACCUCUUCUACAAGAGGAGGAAGAGUCACCUGGCAGCCAGUGACAGCUUUGAGAACAACCUGUACUUCAACGGUGAGGCAGCUCCUGGCACCAGCGACACCAAGGAGCUGGUGUCCAACAUUGAGCGCAAUGAGCAUGCCACCCUCUAACAGCAGGGGGGGAACCAGGCUGGGACCUGGGAUGCCAGGAGGGAAACUUGCCUUGUUUGAAUAAAACUAUGCAGCCAGAAGGAA